AUGCACUAUCGCGAUCUGAGCAUCAUAAACUUUGAGGAAGACUCGAAAGAGGAGAAGAUCCAACUCUCGGGAAACUUUGUGCGAACUUUAAUCGAUGACGAUGAUGGUGGUGAUGGUGGAGCCAUUGGGGCGACGCGUGCCAGGAUAGGAGCAGGUAACCCAGGCAAACCGAAUGGUUGCAUAAGGACGAACUUCGUUUCAAAGGAGAUGAUUAUCCAGCUUUCUGGAAAUUCUGUUCGAAGUUUCAAUAUCGACGAUGAUGACCCUGGGAAAGUCGCUGAAACUCUGGCUACAGCAUCAUCCAUAGUGGAAGCCAUAGGCUUUCUCGCUGGUAGACCACGCAUCAUAUAUGCCAUUGCAAACACUGUAGUAAUCGUAAAUAUGCAUAAAUGA